CUUGUGGAUCAGCGCUGACUCGAGGCGCGAACGAUUCAGUCCGAUUUACUAUUCUGCUUAGAACGAGUCACUAAAAAGAACCGGUUCAAAAGAACGAUUCGUUCACGAACUGGACUUAAAGGAACCGACUGGGACACUUAACCAUAGACACAUUAGACAUAAACACUUGAGCGGUUCGUCAGGUGUUGCUGCAGGAAACCGCGGAAUAUAAAGAUAAAAGUUUGUCAUCGUGACAAGGGUGUGACCCCUUGCAGACCUCAUGACUGUGUGAAAAGUUUCAAAGAUGUCCUCAAAGAAGAGGUCUCUUUGUGUCCUGGUUUCAGGAAUAUCUAUACUGGCGUCUUUAGUUUAUUUAGCUUAUAUCCCUUUGACAAAAACGUGGUUGCAAAGGAUAGAGGAACCAACCCAGGAACCUUUUCAGGAAGAAGUGGGGCCUUACCAUGUUGCUUACCCCAGAAACUACGAAUUCAUCAUUGACCAGCCAGAUAUAUGUGAACAACAAAAACCCUACGUGGUCACAAUUGUCCCCGUGCGUCCUGGAGACUUUGAUGCACGCAACGGCAUCAGGAAGACGUGGGGUGCACAAAAGGUUUUUGGGGACAAAGUGGUGCUGGUUCUGUUUAUUAUAGGCUUACACAGUGGAGACGGUGGAGAGGUGUUGCAGGAGCAACUCCGGAAUGAGAGCCAACAGUACAAAGACCUUCUGCAGAGCAACUUCCAGGAUUCCUACAGGAAUCUGACCAUUAAAACUAUGAUGAUGAUGGAAUGGCUCAGCAAAAAGUGUCAACAGGCAUCCUACGCAGUGAAAGUGGACGCAGACGUGCUCCUCAACAUGAACAACCUGAUAAAAAUGCUUGAGAGUCUGAACGCAGUUCAACAAAACUAUAUGACUGGGUUAGUGUGGCAUGACAGCCCUGUUUUACGAGAUCCAUUCAACAGGUUUUUUCUCCCCUACGAUGUGUACUCCAGGGACAUAUAUCCUCCAUAUCCUCUGGGCAUGAUUUACAUCAUUUCUUUGGACCUCCCACAAAAGAUUCUUCAGAAAUCUAAGGAAAUUAAGCCCAUAUAUAUCGAGGAUGCAUAUCUUGGAUUGUGUAUGGAGAGUUUAGGUAUCGUCCCCACCAACCCGCCAAACAUGGAACUGUUUGUGGUGAAUCUAGUGCAGUACAAUCGCUGUUACUAUUCUGGACUAAUAGCAAUACUUACAGAAAACACAAAUCAGAUGACUUCCUAUUGGACGGAUAUUAAUUCAUCCAGCCAACCAUGCUGAGGUGGAAAUAUCCCAACUAAUAGAACAUAACUCACAUUAUGUUUCCGACAGUAAGGAAAAAAUGUUACAUUGGUAUACUGGUUCACAUGUGUGUUAGUGUUUUAUUUGUUUCUUUUAAGUGAAACCAUAUGCAUCAUGAACAUACCUUCAGGACCAAUUAAACAAGUGUUACAUGUAAAAACGUGUUUCUUUUGUAUUAUCUAAUACUUGUUUAUUUACUCUGAUUACUAUUUUGUUUGAGAAUUGAUAUAAAAAAAUUCAGAUAUUACUUUAAAUACAUCCAAUACUUGAAUUUUU